AAGCAGACUGGUAGACUUCUGUAUGUCCCAAUCCCAUAAAGAUGGGAAUAGGAUAAGCCAUAGCCAUAUAAACAUUUGGCAAAUGGAUAAGCUUUCCCUCUAACAUUUUUUAGGCAAAGCAAGCACGUUACGCAAGCUAAAAUGACAAGAAUUAAGAAGCCCAGCUGAAGCUCUCCGAAUGGUACAACCAGCGCAGAGAUGGUCUGGCAAUGCCUUAAAUGUUCUUACAUUACAGGAAUAAGAACUCGUCCGAUUAUUACAACAUUAGGCUUUCAUGUCUGUUUGCCCUUUUCUGGUUUUACCAAUUCCUUGGUUGGUUUCCCCAGAAAUUGUUCUAUUUCUAGUUCAGAAAAGCUGCAGGCGAAAGGUGAAGAUACUGAUCGAUUAGGAUUACCCUCUUCAUAUAAAGAGGUGCCAUUUUUGAGAUCAGAUGCUUCAAUUAAUUCCCUCGGACCUGUUCAACAACUUACAAGUGUUAAAGUACAGAAUGUGCCCAAAACUGAUGGUGGGCCGACCUCAUUUGAUGAGAUGAAACGGAGAUUUCUGAAUUUCAAGAAGCACAAAUAUUUAGAAGAAGUGGAGCAUUUUCAAACUCUUGCUGAGGUGCAGUCACCGAAGUUUAUGGUGAUUGCUUGUGUAGACUCAAGGGUUUGCCCUUCUAAUGUUCUUGGAUUCAAACCUGGAGAAGCUUUUAUGGUUCGAAAUGUUGCAAAUAUUGUCCCCCCACUUGAGAAUGGACCAACAGAAACUAAUGCUGCCCUUGAGUUUGCUGUAAAUACUCUUGAAGUUGAAAAUAUAUUCGUCAUUGGCCAUAGUAACUGUGCGGGAAUUCAAGCUCUCAUGAGUAUGCAAGAUGAAAAGAACCAUAGCUUUGUUGAGAAAUGGGUUGCUACUGCAAAGGUUGCCAAGUUAAGAACAAAAGCUGAUGCAAGUGGCCUUAGCUUUGACCAACAAUGCAAACACUGUGAGAAGGAAUCUAUCAACUGUUCGUUGCUGAACUUGCUAACAUAUCCAUGGAUUGAAGAGAAGGUGAGGAAAGAGAUGCUUUCUGUUCAUGGAGGAUACUAUGAUUUCUUGAAUUGUACAUUUGAGAAGUGGACUCUUGAUUUCAAGGAAAUAAGCAAUGUUGGCCAAGGGUGGAUAUUCUCAGCCAAAGACAGAGAGUUGUGGUGCUGAGUUUAUUUGCAUCUUUCUUCAUCCCACAAUUUGGAUUCUACUAUUGCAAUACUAUAUUGAUUAUUUAUACAGAAAUAUGCCUUCAAAGGAUUGUAAAUAUAUUUGAUUUGUAGUGAUAAAUAGAUCAUAUGCAAACACCAAUUGCCAACUGAUCUGAAGUAAACCAAUUAGCUGCUGCGAGAAUCAAGUGUAACAGCCAAAUGUAGGAUUUAGAACUGCAAAAUUGAAAUCUGAAAAAUAACCAACAUUCAUGCA